AUGAGGAUCGACAAAUGCUGGCUAUGUUCCAGCAAUAUAUAUCCAGGUAGCAAAUGUCAUAAACACUUCAAGGCGAAGCAUAAUCCACGCAAACUGAGGUGGACGAAGGCUGCGCGGCGACUCGCUGGCAAAGAAAUGGUUACGGACGAUUCUGUAGAGAUGGAGCGCCGCAGAAAUGCCCCUGUGCGCUAUGAUCGCAACCUGUACAUUACCGCUAUCAAGACUAUACAGAAGGCCGAACGCGUAGAAGAACUACGCAAGAUACUACUCAGACGCCAACGCCGCCGUUCUAUUAUCGAAAGGAAACGAUCACUCGCAGAGAAAGAGUUGGAGCGCCACAGUCAUAUACUCGAGGUACCGAACGACAUGUUGGAGCGCAGAGAGGCAGAAGGAGAAGAUGCAAUAAGAGAGACACGACACAUGAAGGUAUCGCAACCUAAAGAGCUCGUGCGCGUCAAGAAGACGAUCAAAAAGUCACGACGCGGCGGCGACGCCAUGGACCUUGACUAA